UUAUAAAUCCCUCGAAACAGGAAACCAGAAAAAUGGUAAAGCAGCAAAAAACGAAGAAGAAGCUAAAAACAGAGAGAAAGAGAGAGCGAAAGUAGAGGGGAAGCUUUCCCGAUCGGAUCCACGGCCGCGUCACUCGCCGGAGAACGGAGUACUCAUUUGUUUCCUCUCGUCAGGGAAAUGAGCGGCGGCGUACGGAGGAAGACGAACGCGGCGGCGAUGGUGGAGGAGGAGGAAGAGGAAGUGAUUACUACUUCGUUCUCAUGCUGCGGCGGUGGCGGAGGAGAUCGGAGGAGGAAGGAGAAGGAGAGGUUCGAGAGGAGGCUGGUGAAAUUCAAGGACCUGCCGGAGUUUUUGAAAGACAACGAGUUCAUCCUCGACCAUUACCGGUCGGAGUGGCCGCUCCGGGACGCGCUGUGGAGCGUCUUCUCCUGGCACAACGAAACCCUAAACAUCUGGACGCAUUUGGGAGGAUUUCUGAUCUUUGCUGGACUGACGGUGAUGAGCUGCUUGGGGAAAUUAGACGAGAUCGGAGGAUUUCUCACCGAUUUGUCGAGUGGUCAAGCUUCUGGACCGUUGAUGGCACUGAUAAUGAACAAUGGCAGUGAUUUCAACGUCUCUGAUAACAGCUUGGUUCCUGACCAACAACUCCGGCGAAUAUCAGAGCUGGAAGCCGGAUCGGAGCCCAUCGCACAAUGGCCGUGGUUCGUCUACCUAGCCGGAGCAAUGACCUGCCUAAUCUGCAGCUCACUCUCCCACCUCCUCGCCUGCCACUCCAAGACCUUCAACCUCUUCUUCUGGCGGCUCGACUACGCCGGAAUCUCCAUCAUGAUCGUCUCCUCCUUCUACGCACCCAUCUACUACAUCUUCCACUGCAACCCGAUCUCCCGCUUCGUCUACCUCACCACCAUCACCAUCGUCGGCGUGAUGGCCAUCAUCACCCUGCUCUCUCCCCAGCUCUCGGCCCCCGAGUACCGCAGGUUCCGGGCCACCUUGUUCCUCGUCAUGGGCUUCUCCGGAAUCGUCCCCGCCGUCCAUGCCGUGUCCAUCCACUGGGGCCACCCGCACGUGUUCAUCUCGGUCAUGCUCGAGGUGAUCAUGGCGGUUCUGUAUGCCGCCGGAGCAGGGUUCUACGUCGGGAGGAUACCGGAGCGGUGGUGGCCUGGUGUGUUCGACAUUGCCGGGCAGAGCCACCAGAUCUUCCAUGUGUUUGUGGUUAUGGCUGCCGUGGCUCACAGCCUUGCGACGCUCAUCAUCAUGCAUUUCCGGCAGGGGACGCCUUCGUGUUGAGAGAGAGAGGGGAAACGUUUUGGCGGUCAAUUGUUGUUUGUCUGUAACGGCUGUGAUUGUUUGUACUAGAAAAGAUUUAUUUGUAAUGUUAUCUCUGACGCUUCAGCUCCAAUACUAUCACGAAAAAUUCAGUGUCAUAGAAGUAAUAGCAAGAGCUAGGAAUAAUGAUUUAGUAGAGACAAGCUACGUCGUACCUUAAUAUUCAUACUCAUACACCACUAGUUGAGGAUUGUAUCGGGUAAAUUUAUUUAGAGACGA